AUGCUGCGCUACCCCUCCCCCGCACACAAAUCCGACUGGGAGUCCGCCCUCCCCAUUGGCAACGGGCGUCUCGGGGCGAUGGUGUACGGCGGAGUGCACACCGAGACGCUUCGCCUAAACGAGGAAAGCGUGUGGUACGGCGGCCCUCAAGCCCGGACGCCCAAAUCCGCCGCAUACCUUGCCCAACUCCGGGAGCUCAUUCGCAAGCGCGAGCAUACUGAGGCUGAGAAGUUGGCGAGGAAGAGAUUCCUUGCGAGGCCGAGAAGCGCAAGACAUUGUGAACCGUUGGGUCAGUGCUAUCUUGAGUUUGAACACGAAGAAGAGUUCGGGGAUUAUGAGAGAACGUUGGACUUGGAGAAUGCGGAGGUCAAAGUGGAGUAUACGGUUGGUGGGAGCCACGUCAGAAGGAGGUACAUUGCGAGCUUCCCGGACUCAGUCAUCGCAAUUCACAUAACGGCCGAACAGCCAGUGCGGUUCUCUGUGAACUUGUCGCGCAUGAGCGACAAAUGGUACGAGACAAACGAGUUCCUUGACUCGACUGCUGUACGAGAUAAGAGUAUAAUCUUGCAUGCCACGCCUGGCGGGCAUAACAGCAACAGAUUAUGUAUGGCGGCAGGUGUGCAGUGCUGGGAUGCGGCAGGAACAGUCGAUGUUGUUGGAGCCUCGCUAGAAGUCGCGUCUACAGACGCACUUAUUGUCAUUGGAGCGUCGACAUCGUAUGAACCAAAGAUCGAUCUGGAAGAGGCCGCUAUACAAAGGGUCGCUUUAGCAUUCCGACAUCAUCCUGAGCUAUUGUGGGACCGGCACCGAAGAGACUGGCAAGGUAUUUACCGCAGGCAGUUCUUUCAAUUGCUGCCGAAAUCCGACAUCAGCAAUGAGAUGCCCACCCCCAAACGCCUCAAGGAUCCUAACGACAUGGGCAUCAUCGCUCUCUACCAGGCCUACGGCCGCUACCUUCUACUUUCCAGCAGCCGCAACACUGACCGCGCGCUCCCUUCAACUCUUCAAGGAAUAUGGAACCCCUACUUCUCCCCGCCCUGGGGCGCAAAGUACACCAUCAACAUCAACCUCCAGAUGAACUACUGGCCUGUCAACACGGGCAACCUCUCAGAAUGCCACAUGCCACUAUUCACGCUCCUACAUCGUCUUGCGAUCAGCGGAAAGGAUACAGCGAGGGACAUGUACGGCUGCGGCGGCUGGUGCUGUCACCACAAUACGGACAUCUGGGCAGACACGGCGCCGCAAGAUGAAUGGAUGCCGGCGACGUUGUGGCCGCUUGGAGGAGCAUGGCUGUGCGUACAUAUUUGGGAACACUUCAUUUUCGACGAGGAUAUCGAGUUCUUGGCGUGGAUGUUUCCCGUGCUGCAAGGCUGUGUGGAGUUUCUACUAGACUUCCUGAUCGAAGACGAGAGCGACGAGUGGCUGGUGACGAGUCCUUCGCUUUCGCCUGAGAACACCUUUGUGGAUGCGCAAGGCAGCAAAGGCAUUUUCUGCGAGGGCUCGACAAUGGACAUGGCUAUUGUCAGAGACGUAUUCACCGGCUUCCUCAACAGCCUCGAGAGACUGCAACGCCGCGAGGGGCCCAUGUUUGCAACGCAAAUCCUCCAGCAUCUCACCCGAAAAGUCCGUGACGCCCUUCCCAAGCUCCCACCACCACUUAUACACCCCACGUACGGCACAAUCCAAGAAUGGGGCCGAGCCCCCUACGCCGACUCCGAGCCCGGCCACCGCCACAUCUCGCACCUUUACGCCCUCUACCCCGGAUCGAGCAUAGCCGCCGCCUCCACACCCCGCCUGGCUGCUGCCGCACUAGCAACUCUAGAGCGCCGUCUCGCCCACGGCGGCGGGCACACGGGCUGGAGCCGGGCCUGGCUCAUCUGCUUCUUCGCGCGGCUCCGCAAGCCCGCGCAGUGUCUUGAGAAUAUCCGGGCGCUGCUGCGCGACAGCACGGUACCGAAUAUGAUGGAUAGCCAUCCGCCUGUACAGCUGGACGGCAAUUGGGGAGGCUGCGCGGGGAUUUUGGAGUGCCUGGUGCAGUCGCAUGAGGUGGUGGAGAGGGAUGGGAGAGAAGUUAGGGUGAUUAGGAUUCUGCCUGCAUGUCCGGAGGAAUGGUCUGCAGGGACAGUGAGAGGAAUUAAGGCGAGAGCUGGUUUCGAGGUUGGGUUUGAGUGGGAGGAUGGGGCGGUCAAGGGGAAGGUUGAGGUGAGGAGCAGGUUGGGGUAUGAGGUAGUGGUUUGCGUUUAUCGGUGUGGAGACGAUGACGCAGUGGAUGGGGUGGAGUAUUUGAUUACUGGGAAAGACCUAUGCAUGGCACGGGAUGAAGACGUCUGA